AUGUCGCUCCCAACCAUUACCAUCGAUGAGCUCUCCGACGGAAUCGGAGACCCGACCACAAACGCGAACGCGAAGAAAGUUCUAGAAGGUAUUCUUAACGAUUUCAUGGACCUGCAAUACGGCAAGGAGACGCCGUACACGACGGGCAAGCAAGUAAUCCCGACUGGCUCCACAAUCGAGGACGUGGACAGCGCCAUCGCAAAUGAGACUACUGAGAAAAAGUUCAAGGACGUGUUCGUUAAAAUCUCAGACACCUUCAAGAGUGGAGACAAGACACCACAAGCCAAUAACGGCGGGUGGGACCCCAAAUUCACUCCAAUACUCGUCCUUGUAACACCGAGGCCC